GCCAGCACUUGAGUCAAUGGUCGAUGUUCUACAGAAACAAGACAAGCCACUCGAGCUGGCCGCUUUUGUUUCUUUUCUCUCAAGCAGCACUUGUCUUCUUCCCCACUCAGUCGAGAUAGCUAGACAGCCGUGGCAGACCGUCCCCACUCUACUGACAGAGGAAGAAUGGAAGGCUGGUGCUGUUGCAAACACAGACUAUCUCCCUUGUGUUAAGGAUCGCUACACCUCCGUCCAUGAAUAUGGCCGCACCUACUUCUUCUCCUCAGAGCUGACUGCUAUGGGGACUUGGCAACAUCCAUUCGUCGGCUCAGGGACCCCACAGCUUCCAACAAUAAAGCUACAGAUGAGGCAGUAGUGGUUUAUGAUGCCACUAUCACUGCCUUCUCAAACUACAGUGCUGGACACAAACUGGUAUAUCACUUCACAAUAAAGACACAGCCCCAGUCCUCUGAGAAUGUGUCAAGUGACGCACCUUUUCUCAAAGCAGGUAACCUACUCUGCCUAAGCGUUGGUGGUCGUUUCAAGGAUGACAUUGUCUGGGCCACCAUCAACCAUGUCUCAAGGUACAUUCACUUGGAGAAAAUGGAACAAAACAGUGUGAGGUCCUGGUGGAGCUGUGCACUGAGAGUAACACACUGUCAGACGAGGAGGCAAUGUUAUCCCUGAACAAUUCGAGGGAAUGUAGUGGCACUUGAGAGUCCAGCAUAUUUCAAGGCCUACCAACCUGUACUGGACGCACUGAAGCAAAUGGACAUGGAGAAGAUCCACUUUCUGCCAGACCUACUCAACCCAGGCAAAAGAACCACAGGCUUCCCUGGAGCUGAUCAAUGACAGCACACUGGUCACUGAUCUGGGUGGUCUCUACAAGCAAGAGGCAGACGGUGUCCCGGUCGUGAUGACAGUUGGAGAACUGAGGGAACAGCUGAGUGACACAGACCAAUACACAGAUUUCUGUCUGCCCAAGUUCCAGCGGAUUGCAGUGGAGCGAGCCCUCUCCCAAGCUCUAAGCCUCAUUCAGGGGCCACCAGGAACAGGAAAGUCCUACAUAGGAAUGCAGCUACUGCGCCUCUUUCUCUCUAUGAAAAACAGCUCUGGUAAACUAAUCCUGGAAAACAAACCCGCCCUAGUCAUCGCCUACAAGAACAGAGCCUUGGAUCUCUUUGUCAAAAUGUGCACCAGCUUCUGUCCUCUGGAGAGAAUUGUGAGAAUCGGCCACUUGUCAAAGGAUAACGAGGAGGAACUGAGGUGUACGUUACUUAAUGAAAAGGUUAUGUCGGGUCUUGACAGAAACCGCACAGUGGAGCUCAAGGCUGCCAUGGAACAUCAGUAUGAAAGGUGGGACCCACAUGACCCACAAGAUCCCGUUCCAGGAACCAGUGGCCCACUCCAGUAUGACAGUGACUCAGAGUUGGACUCAAGGGAGUACGAGGAGUACUACGACGCUCUUCAAGAGAGAAAUAAUGCAGUCGAAACCUUAACUUCAGUCUAUGCAGACUUUGAAGAUGGCCCAGUGGAAGUGUCAAAUGUCUGGGCACUUAGUCCUGAUGACCGACGGAGGAUGAUCAGAGCUGCCGUCAGGGAGCGCUACGAGUCUGCCAUGGAUGACUUGAAGGACAGCAUAAGGCAGUACAACAUGAUACGAGAAAUAUACGAGAAAAGACGUGAGGAGAAGGCAGUGGAGAUCUUGAAGGGGGCAAAGGUGGUGGCAAUGACGACAACAGGUGCUGCCAUCAACCAGCGACUUCUGGACCAGUUGGAGGCUCCCGUUGUGUUUGUGGAAGAGGCGGCAGAGAUCCUGGAAUCUAACCUUCUCGCUGUCCUCACUCCUCAUGUGAAACACAUGGUCCUCAUUGGAGACCAGAAACAGCUCAAACCAACAGUCGCCUGGAACAAGCUGGCCAGUGACAGAUACAAGUUUGAUGUAUCUCUCUUUGAGAGGCUAAUCAGAAACAAGUAUCCUCACACUCUGCUACUCAGACAGAGCAGGAUGCACCCCUCCCUUGUGCCACUCUAUGGGUAUCACUACCAACGUGGAAUACUCUCUGCUGAGUGCAUGGGCAAGAAGUUCCUCUGGUGGUCAUACUCGGGGGCUUAUGAAACCAGGCGAGAGAAAGGCUACAUGAACACCCACGAGAUCGAUAUGGUCGUCAGUCUGUGCUGCUGGCUGCUCUGUAAUAGAGUGGAGUCUGGCAAAAUUGCUGUUCUGACACCCUACAGAGGCCAGCUUGAAGAAAUCAAAAAGUCCCUUGAGGAUAAAGCAAACAAGUACAGAAAUAUGUCAAUAGCGUUGGUUGACAUAGACGUAUACACUGUGGACGAAUACCAGGGUCAUGAAUGUGAUGUGGUAAUACUAAGCCUGGUGCGUAGCAACACGAGUGGGAAGAUUGGAUUCCUGAAGUCCCCCAACAGAUUAGUGGUGGGCACUUCACGACAGAAAUGUGCCUUGUACAUUGUGGGGAGUCACACAUUCCUGGAGAAAAACUCUCCUGUCCUCUGGAAGACAUUCUUGACUCAAUGCAAACAUACCUAUCCUGACUCCAUUGGGGACAGAUCUCCCCAUUGUUGUGGGCACUAGUCCAGUUGAGUGCCAGUCAUCCAGUGAGCUCGAUGAAAGGGUACAGAUGGCUCUGGAAGUGGCAGCCAAUAAUGUCGAAGGAGAUGAUGCCAAUGACACUGAGUUGGACUCUGAUCCACCCUCCGCUGGGUUGCAGUCGGCAGUUGGCACACUAUCACCAUCAGUUGGGGCACAAGAGUCAGGGCCCAGUACACCAACUUCCAUUAGAGCUCUGUCAGGACCUAGUACACCAGCCACAGUUAGGGCACAGUCAGCAGUUAGUACACCAGCCACAGUUAGGUCACAGUCAGCAGUUAGUACACCAGCCUCAGUUAGGGCACACUCACAGUCAUCACCAGCCUCACGAUCUGCUCGGUCAAAGUCGGUAGACAGUACCCCACCUUCUGCUCCAUUUAGAGCUCGGUUCGAGAGCACACCAGCUAUUGAAAACACACAAAAUGUAGUUUCCUCUAGCUCUCCAAGUCAUCAGCUGCACUCAUUGUCACAACUCACUGAGCCUCAACUCUCUGGAUCUGCUUGUAGACAGCAAUCAAGCCCUCCAACCUUAGAUCCAACACUAAUGGCAGGGGAUACCCCUGUGCUAGGGGAAAUCGAUGAGCCCGUUUCUUCAUCCACAACUACGUGGGACUUCCGCCAAUGCACCCUAAGCCUGAAAGACACAGAAGCUGCUACAAAUUGGAAAUUUAUUGGAAGACAAUUGGGGGAAAAGUUCUAUCAGAUGAUGGUGAAGUGGAGAUCAGUAAAAGGGGAGAAGGCAACAAGAGAAAGGCUAAUCGAAGCACUUAAGAAAGAGAAACAGAAUCAGAUUGCAGAAGAACUAGAAAAGGAAGAAGUUGGAUGUUAGUUAGAGCAACAUGUCUUUUUGUAAAUUA